CUAACACCUAGUUACAAAGAUCUUAAGAUCAAAUAUUAAUAGUGUCGUGAUUUAUUAGGCGCGAAAAACUCAAGUGUCAAUCAUGUUCAAGGCAAUAAUUUUCUGUCUCGCUAUGCUGGUAGCAGCAGCCUUAGCAUAUCCCGCUGCUAGUCCGGUUUACGGUUAUGGUUACGGCGGUUACAGCGGAGGCUACCAUGGCGGAUAUCAUGGCUAUCACGGGGGGCACCAUGGUGGCUACCAUGGAGGCUAUCACGGAGGCUACCAUAGUUAUCCCAGUUACCACGGGGGAUAUCACGGACAUGGCCACGGUUUCGGACAUGGUGGUUUUGGCCAUUAUUAUGGUUGA